CGAGAAACGUGAGAAAAAGUUUCACUGCCAGCAAUUUAAGUUCUUGAAAUUGAGUUGACAAAAGCCAAGGAGUUUCGGAGUUGAUUUCUUGUGGCAUGUCCGUCAUGGCGGCCUGGUUGCUCGCCCGCUCCUUGCGUCGCUGCGAGAGUGUACUUGGGCCAUGCAGGAGCCGCCUUGAACAGCCACACCUUCUGGAAGGGCUGUGUGCAUCCACUGGGCGGAAGGCAGCGGCGGUGAAUGACAGACCGCCCGUCGGUCUGCAAUCUGAUCAUGAGUUGGGGAAAUCUGGGGUCUUCGAGGCGAGCACGCCCGCAGGAGCUUGGCUACCACCUCAUCUGCUGCACAAGGUAUUUGAACUCGCAAAAUGCAGUGGUGUGAGCGCGUAUGAGAAGUGUUCAACGGUCGCCGGUCUACCAGCGUUAGGCGCCGCAAAUGGAACCAUUCUGACUUAUUCUCAAUUUGAGGGCCGCCGUUGCUAUGGAACGCUGGUAGAGGCAGGCAGAGAGGGAGCUGAGCAACCGCUGCCCGCGCUUAGCGUCAAGAGGCUUGAAGCAAGUGGUGUGGAACUGGUAGGCAGCUUAGCACAGGAGAGCACGCCAAUCGACAUCAAGCCAAAGCAGAUUUUUGCAGUGGUCCAGGUAGGCCCUCAUCAAUUCAAAGUUACGCCGGACGAUGUCUUGUAUGUUGAGAAGCUGAAUGGACCGGAUGUCAAGUCGACGAUUCUGUUGAAGAAGGUUCUCCUGCUUGGUUCCAAAUCGAAGACGAUUGUGGGCCGGCCGUUCAUCCCAGAUGCCACUGUUUCUGCAACAGUCGAAGGACAGGUCAAAGAUGGCAAAGUGCUCAUCUUGAAAAAAAGACGAAGGAAGAACUCAAGACGACUCAAGGGGCAUAGGCAGGAGCUUACGCGGUUGCGAAUCUUGGAUAUUACGGGGAUCGAAGAAGAUCAGGAAGAGGGGAGACCUAUGCGCGUUCAUAACCAGGCGGGAGUAGUGGCCAGACUCAAAACGCCCGAGCCUGGCAAAGUUUCCGCAUAUGCUUUCCAACCCAAGCCGCUGCCGCAGUCCCGGGAUCUGAAAAAACAACGGAGGUCGCCUGCUGUUCCGGGGUACGGCAGACGUCCGCAGCGACGCCUUACGUUUGGAGCAGAGCGGCGGCGCAUUGAGUCAGUAGCCGAAUGAUGUUUUGCUUUGAAAAGGUUCCUUUAUAGCAAUCACUUUCAGAUCUGAUCAACUUCAGCAUCGGGAUAAAGUUGGCUGGGCAGACGACGCUACAAAUUUAUUUUUGUGUGUCGACGAGUUUGUCAAGUGCGGAAGUCGUCUGCCCUGCGAAUCUGUCCCGAUAGGUGGCUCGCUUGCAGGAAGGCGCAGAGGCAGCAUCAAUGUGCGUCUAUGGUUGCUAUGGCUGCAGACUGUCAGGUGCACUAGCUGGGCCCUCUCGGGUGUGUUGAUGUGAGACGGUCUGAUGCAUUAACGGUAUAUAGUAGUAGGCGUUCCAUCAUUAUAUCUGUUUCGGAACAGACCACAUGGCAAGGCCGUCAAUGUGCACACAGGUACGCACCGUCAAUGAUAAAACCAGGG